AGUGAAUGGCGGGCGGGGUCAUAUGUAGCAUGGAAGGAUUUCCCUUUGCAGUUUCCGGCUCAGUGUCUGCACUCAGGUGCGCUGUGGAGGUUUCUGAAAAUGCAUUCAGAUCACUCACCGCAGCUGGCAAGCAUAUACCAUCAAGAAACAGAGCCAUGGUAUGCAGGCCGAGUGUAUUCUAGGUAUUGGAAGCAUUACAGUCAGGCAAUGCAGUGGCUGUACAGGCAUAAGAGAGCAUACAGAAUGGCUGUGGCAUCUCUCUAUUAUCCUCCCUGGUACCUGGCUGAAACCUUUCAAGCUGGUCGCUAUGCUGAUUGGGAAGGGGAAUCCUCUCGCCCAAGCAUCUACACAGGUUCUCAAAAACAAUCACACCGACCACGUCCAUGUUUAAAGGUAUCUUCUUCAAAGGACAAGGAGUCUGAUAUGGAGCAGGAAGUUGCUGCAUCGGAUUCUGAAGAGGGUGGAAUAGAAUGUGAUAUGAGUAACAUGGAGAUCACAGAAGAGCUGCGCCAAUAUUUUGCACAAACAGAGAAACACCGGGAGGAACUAAAGCGGCAACAGCAACUGGAGGAGGAAAUGCAAGAACAGUAUGUAGAUGCAGGUCAUGACUUUCAUGUCCCCACAAAACGAUCCACGCAACCUCCUUCCGAGAGGCCCGGGGAAAGGCGUAGAAUAGAGAUGAAGAAACUUUAUGGAGAGGAUGCAGCUAAAAUCCAAGGAAUGGAAACUGCCAUACAGCUUAAUUUUGACAGACACUGCGAUAAGAAACAGCCCAAGUACUGGCCAAUCAUUCCAUUAAAAUUAUAA